GUAAUUACAUGCUGUUUCAUAAUAAUCGCCUAUGACAUGAAAGCUUAGACGGAAGCGUGUAGGAUGAGUAUACAUGCGUAAAGUUUGUUGAAUAUUUGCUCUGGCGGUGAGUUAAGCUUCAUCGGCGUGUGUUGAUGUGUCUUGGCCGUUGUUAAACUCGUGGUGAGGGAUUUUAGUGGGCCAUGGAGCACGAACAGACGAAGACUAAUGUGAAAAACAAUGAGGUAGACGAACAUCCAGUGAACAGUGAAAAUGUGCCAGCCCAGAUGCCCUCAGCGUUUGCUGGAUUUUCACCAGAAUCAGACGUGCACAUUGUUUCCUUGCUUGUGUUCUUCCCCCCUCGUUCUGUCUUUCUUUCACUUUUGCUUGCCCUCGAACCUUUUAAAAUGUUUCCCCGCUCUCUGAUUCGUCAGACGCAGGAGAAUGUCCCUCUUUUGUCUCUCUCUCCCUCUCUCUCCCACUCACUCUCUCUCUCUCUCCUCAUCUCUGAUUAGAUAUACUGAUUCCCCAUUCAAUGGACGUCAUUUAGUGCAGUCUGCCUUGAGUUGCUUCCUCGCUUCACGCUCGAUUUCCGACCAUUCUUCUCUUAUUAAGUAUUCGUGUAAUAUUAAUAGUCAUGAAUAUCUACCAUUAGGAGGGCAGAGGAAGAGGCAGAUCUGUGCUAACAUGAGCUCAAGCGAGGGAACAGUUCACUGACAGAGCCGGGAGACGCCAAGGGGAUCUAAGAAACUUUAGAGAAAAGCAUUGCAUCUAAACAGCAGAUGAAGAACAGUGGGAAUUUACCCAGAUUCUGAUGGAUUAUUGCUUUAUUUGAACGCUGGCCACCGCCACCUCGCCCUACAAUUAUCGUUGGCUUGAUUUAAUUUGCACGUUUGCAAUUAAAAAAAUUCUUGUCUUUUGAAGUCCUCGGAAAUCCUCGCUGAUGUUAGUGCACAGUUUUUCCGCGAUGGAUCGCCACGACGGGACCAGCAAUGGCACAGCCCGGUUACCCCAACUGGGCAGCGUGGGCCAGUCUCCGUACACCAGCGCUCCUCCGCUCUCUCACACGCCCAAUUCAGACUUCCAGCCGCCAUACUUUCCGCCACCCUACCAGCCCAUCUACCCGCAGUCUCAGGACCCUUACUCUCACGUUAAUGACCCGUACUCCAUCAACUCUCUGCACGCCCAGCCUCAGCCACAGCACCCGGGCUGGCCUGGCCAGCGGCAGAGUCAGGAGAGCAGCCUGCUGCACCAGCACCGCGGGUUACCGCAUCAGCUGUGCAGAGAGUACCGCAGAGAAGUGCUACUUCCCUCGGGUCACGGCAUUGAGACUGGACUCACGGAUUCAAUCCAUAUCCAUGGAAUACCUCACUCUUUAGAAGAUGUUCAGCAUGUUGAAGAUCAAGGAAUUCACAUCCCAGACCAAACUGUAAUCAAGAAAGGUCCUAUUUCCAUAUCCAAGAACAACAGCAAUGUCUCUGCUAUACCGAUAAAUAAAGACGGGCUUUUUGGAGGUGUGGUAAACCCAAACGAAGUGUUUUGUUCGGUUCCGGGUCGUCUGUCUCUUCUUAGCUCAACGUCAAAGUACAAAGUCACAGUAGCGGAGGUGCAGAGACGUCUUUCUCCGCCUGAGUGCCUGAACGCUUCCCUGCUCGGUGGAGUCUUGAGGAGGGCCAAAUCUAAGAAUGGCGGAAGAUCUUUAAGAGAAAAGCUAGAUAAAAUCGGAUUAAAUCUACCAGCAGGGAGACGCAAAGCUGCCAAUGUUACUCUCUUGACGUCACUGGUGGAAGGUGAAGCGGUGCAUCUGGCCAGAGAUUUUGGUUAUGUAUGCGAGACUGAGUUUCCGGCCAAGGCGGUAGCUGAAUACGUGAACCGACAGCAUUCUGACCCAAACGAACAAGUCCAAAGAAAAAACAUGUUAUUGGCAUCGAAACAAAUCUGCAAAGAGUUCACGGACCUGCUCUCGCAAGACCGCUCGCCCUUGGGGAAUUCACGCCCACAGCCCAUUCUUGAGCCCGGGAUUCAGAGCUGUUUGACCCACUUCAGUCUUAUUUCUCAUGGAUUCGGGACUCCGGCCAUGUGCGCGGCCCUCACGGCGCUGCAGAACUAUUUGACGGAGGCCAUUAAAGCCAUGGACAAAAUGUACCUGAACAACAAUCCUAAUAGCCACAAUGAGACGGGCUCGAAGGCGGGUGACAAAGACGAGAAGCACAGAAAGUGAUGUCAAGCCAACACAUCCCAAUUGAUGUAUGACAAUAUACAUAUAUAACAAACACUAGUGAUCAAGAUGAAACACUGAAAGCACCACCUCCCGUUCUUGACAUUUUGAAACUUAAAAAAAAUAAUAAUAAUAAUACUAAUAAAAUAGUUAUUUGGGAUUCGUGGACAAAGCAUUUCUUUAAAUCAAAAUAAAGCAGUGUGCCAAUGAAAGGAGUAUAGAUCGGGUUAAUCUGCCAUAGCAGGACUUUUCAUGAACUCCCUUUGUAUGAGUUCAAUGGACUGAAAUUCAGCGAUUUCCCCUCACUAUCCCCAUUUACGAUUGUAGCCAUGUGACAACAAGAAGCUGAAAGAGGAAGAUUUUUUUAUCAGUAUUGUGAAUAAACUAGAAAGUAAAAAAUUCUACAGCUCCACAACAUGACUUCAACAACUGACUUUUUACUCGACCAAGCGACCAACUUGAACUUUGAAUUUCAACACGAUUCACAGUUAUAUGAGGGAAUCUGUGUUCAUGUAUGUAUAUAUUUAUUUAUGUGUAAUUUAAUGGGAAUUGUAAAUAAGGUACGUCUGUUCAAACUUCUUUUUUAUUUAUCUGGUGCCUCCUGUUUUAGUGGGUUUGAAUAUUCGCUUAGUUCUUCAUGUGGUUUUAUGGUUCUUAGAAAACAGAAGUUUGGGGUAUUCUUCUCUGGGAUAUUUCAAUUCAGCCCUCUUGUAGCAUGUUGAGGCGACACUGAAGCAAGUGAACAAAUUUAAAAGAAAUAAACAUCAAUUUCUCUAUAUAUUAUUAUUAUGCCAUUCAGUUUUAGAUCGAAAAAGGUCAUUGCAGAGACUCCGACGAUGCUAGUUUUGUGUUUCUAUCUUCUUGUUUUUAUACGAGCUUUUUAUGUGUUGUGCCAAUCACCUCU